AUGGUCUUGGAUACAAAGGGCGAGUUUUCUGAUGAGUCACCUGUGGACAUUAUGCAAGCUGUUGAUACCCUGCAAGCAGUAGGGAGACGCUUUCAAAGAUGCAUUGACUCCUUGGAGGAACUCUUGGAAGAAAGGGAAAAUCUUAUUAGAGAAUUAAUCUUUGUGAAAGAACCAAAGAUCCAAGAGGUUUGCGACCUGCGGGCAAAGCUGCUGGUGCUUUUCCAGGGUAAAUCAGAGGCAGAGAUUGAAUGUGAAAACUACAAGGAGGAGAUCAAAUCUACCAAAAGGAAACUGUUUGAAAUUAUAAAAACUCAAAUGACCUACAAACAUGAGGUGAGCACCAGUAAUCAAAGCCUUCCCCAGAUGGCGUUAGAACAAGAAGCUUUAGAAUCCGAGGCACAGCUCCUCUCUGAUGAACUGGUUGUGCUUAAAGAUCACCAGCAAGAAGAAAUAAACCAAGCAAUCCACAAACUGGAAAACAUCAGAAACACUAUCAAUAGCGUGUCCAUAUCAAAAAGCCAGCAAACAGACGAAUUCCAGACGAUUUUAGCUGAGCAAAGACAGUGGCUAGAGAAAUAUUAUGAACCCAAACUGGAAAAUCUGAUGAAAUGGGAUCAAAACAGGACUGAAUUCCUACGUCGCACACAGCAGGAGAUUAAAGGGUUCAGGCAGCAGCUGCAGGUGCUGCUGGAUCAGGGAGCAAAACUGAGCACCCAGAAGCAAUUCCUCCAGCGACAACUGCAGGCAACACAAGAGGAGAGGGGCCAGGACAUUGCGCUUUAUCAGACAGAGAUAAGGGAGUUAGAAGCCAAAGUCAGCAUCCUGAAAACAGAGCUUGUUAUACAGAAGAAAAAGAAUGAUAAUAUGAGGAUUAUGAAGGAGACCCUGUCAGAGGAAUUGGCUGCUUACAGGCACAGCUCCCGAGAUGCCAGAGACCUGAGCUUGCUGGAAGUCCCGGAUGAGAGACUUGUCAAGAAUGCAUGGACUGGAACCCAAUAA